GUACAAUCAUCACUGGUAAACCGAAAUUGACUUCUUCUUUUUCCAUUUUUCUUUUAGAAAAUUCAUAGUAUUAAAGUACAAUAUUCCUCUUGCAUUUACUAUUUGGCACACAUAUAUACAAAAUCCAGUAUCCCACUCUUGUGAGCCAGCCAUCAAAAGAAGAAAGAGAGAGAGAAAAAAUGAAUAUGAAAACAUCAAAGAUGAAGUUCACAAAAGAGAUGAUAGAGUCUAUCAAAGACAAGCUCCCGAGGCUCAGCUUCCUCCGACAAUGCUACGGUGGUUGCGGCGACCGGACGCAUUUACUCCCUUGCUCCAUCGCCACCACUUCCACCCGCUUUUGGAACCUCUCCGACCGUCCCGUGGAGCUCCAGAUUCGGGUCGGUUCAAUUCUAAAACGGGUCCACACUCUCAAACCUGGCCGUUCCAAGAAGCUUAGACACAGAAGCAUUCACAGAGCUUACGUUGAUGACCAGGAAGGACGUAGAUGGCUGUACUACGACGACACUUGUCUACCGUACGUAUGGGUUCACGAGACUGGUACGGACUUGUCGAAGAUGGUGAAGCAACAGUACGUGAGUCUCGAGGAUCUGAGGGAUUACUCGGAGAUUAGGGUUUUUAAGGAUUUACAGAGAGGUUGUGUCGCAGUUGAGAAAAGAGACAGAGCUUCUGCUUUGUGUUGAUUCUCCUUUUCUCAUGCUUCGAAUUAAUGUCUUGAUUUUCUCUUUUGAAACUUAUCGUUAUUGGUUAGUUUAUCUAAAUUAUUUCCAAGUUAUAUUAUGUGAUACAUGAUGCAUGUAUAACUCCGUCUGACUCUUCUUGAAUUUGGAUUUAUUGGGAUUAAACAACGUGAUCACAAGUUGAUCUCUUUCCAAAAGGGGUAACUAGAUCUCUGAAUUCCAAACUAAUCACAAAAUUUUAUUUAUCUUCGUCGGUUGAUAUUUGUGGUAGUUGAGGAUUAUAUGUAGUGGAAAAAGCA